ACACUUUAGGAAACGUCCAAGUUUUAGGAAACGCAUCCCCGUGAACUUCCCAGCCUAGAGGACUCGCCUCACAGAAAGCUCAGUACCAGGGCUUCAGGGGACCAAGGGGACGACCUCGGAUACAACCGCGACCACGCAUGGCUUUCGGAUCCAAAGGCGCCCGCGCUCCUCCACAGCGCCACCAGGCGGCGCAACAAGGCAGUGGGAGACUGCGCGUGCGCGACUGACGGACAUUGCUACAGCCCACGCUCCCAGCCGCCUCGGGUCUCCCGCAACAGCAUGAAGACCGGCGAGGACGCCAGAGGAGCGCUCAGCGAAGGGCCGCGAAAGCUAGGCCUUUGCGUCCUCUGCGGCCUGCCCGCAGCGGGAAAGUCGACCUUCGCUGGUACCCUCAGCCACCGGCUACGGCAGGAGCUGGGUUGGGCCGUGGGCGUCGUCGCCUAUGAUGACGUCAUGCCAGGCGCGUUCCUGGAGGAGGCGAGCGCUCGCCCAUUGCCAUCCCAGUGGAAAUUGCUUCGCCAGGAACUGUUGAAGUACCUUGAAUACUUCUUUCUGGCUGUCAUUAAUGGGUGUCAGAUGUCUGCCCCACCCAGCAGGACUGAAGCCAUGUGGCAGGAUUUUAUAACCUGCUUGAAGGAUCAAGACCUGAUAUCUUCUGCAACACUUGAGGCCCAGUCUUGCUACCUCCUAACGAAGACUGCUGUUUCUAGACCUCUGCUUUUGAUUUUAGAUGACAACUUUUAUUAUCAAAGUAUGAGAUAUGAAGUCUAUCAGCUGGCUCGGAAAUAUUCAUUAGGCUUUUGCCAGCUCUUUUUAGAGUGUUCUCUCGAGACCUGUCUACAGAGGAAUGGUCAGAGACCACGACCACUGCCUGCCGAGACCAUCCACGUGAUGGGAAGCAAGAUAGAAAAGCCCAACCCUGAGAAAAACGCUUGGGAACACAACAGCCUCACAAUUCAGAGUCCAGCAUGUACUGCAGAGGCCAGACUGAAGUUGACUGAUCUGUUGCUUACUGCUUUGGAAAAUCCAAUAAAAUAUGUGGAGGAGAAUGUGGAGCAAAAGGAAACAGACAGGUUGAUCUGUUCAACUAACAUUCUUCAUCAAGCAGAUCAGAACCUCCGAAGAAUUCUCUCUCAGACGAUGAAGGAAGCAAAAGAUAAACAGGUGUUUCCACACAACUUGAAGCUUCUAGCAGAAGAACUUAACAAGCUCAAAGCAGAGUUUUUGGAAGACCUAAGACAAGGAAACAAAAAAUACUUGUGCUUUCAACAAACCACCGACUUAUCAGAUGUUAUUUCUUUUUUUCAUUAUGAGAAAGAUAACAUUGUACAGAAGUAUUUUUCAAAGCAGCAUUAAAACUUCUGAUUUCCAAUCAAAUCUAUUUUGGUUAUGAUUUUGCAAACUAAUUAAAACAAUUCUGUAUUACUGGAUGUUUUCUAGGCAAAU